AUGGAGGUGAUUAGUGGUAAUAUUCCAAUAGCCCUCCUCCCAAAGGACAACAUUACCAAAACAAUUAACUUCACGAAGAAGUUCAAGGUUACCAUCGGCAACAAAAAUGAGUGGAACGACUCCACUCUUGAGCUAACGCUGAGGGAUAGUACGUUGAAGUGGUACAACAACGGCUCGGAAACGUCGGAGGGGAUUGGGGUAAGGAUCGCGGGUCCACGCACCAAACUCUCCAUAACGAUGGGUAGCUUUCCGAUCAUUUUUCAGGCAGAGGUCUAUGCCAUAAGUCGGUGUAUAGAGAUAAACCUCCAUCGCAACUACCGCAAUGAACGAAUAACCAUAAUCAGCGAUAGUCAAGCGGCACUAAAAGCAAUCUACUCCUACGAGAUCAAAUGGCUACUAGUGCAGGAGUGUAGAGAACGGCUGAAUAGCCUAGCUGAACGAAACCAGGUGCAACUAAUUUGGGUGCCUGGUCAUAGAGGAAUAGCCGGCAACGAACUGGCUGAUGAGCUCGCCCGCUCUGCAGCUUCAACCAUUAUGGUAGGGCCCGAACCAUUCACCGGGGUCGGCUACCAUACCGUAAAGGAGCUGCUCCGUAAGGAAGAAAGAGUGGACAGGGAAUAG